AUGGCUGUGAUGUGCGGCGCUUCGGGCAACAAGUUUCUUUUCUCCAACGAGGACAAACUUGUAGUCUCAUGGUGGCAGCGUUCAAUGAAGAAGAUUUUGUGCUUCCCAUCUGUCUUCAACGAAACUUUAACAGGAGAUAAGUUCAGACCCCCUACCUUCCUUCCUGAAUUUCUCAAGCCAGAAGCUCUGCAACACUACCUAGCCACCAUGGAUUCGAUGGCAAGCGAACACAUUGAGUUGAAUUGGUCUUCUAAUAGAGAGGUACUGGUUUUUCCGCUUGCAAGGAAGUACAGCUUUGCGUUGGCUUUCCGGCUCUUUAUGAGCAUUGAUGAUCCUGAGUAUGUUGAGAUGAUUUCUCAUCCCUUCCAGAUUUUGAACGAAGGAUUCCUUUCUGUGCCUAUAGAUAUUCCUGGGACGACAUUUAACCGUGCUCUCAAAGCCAGCAAAUUCAUUCACAAUGAGCUUCUAGCAAUCAUCAGAAAGUGA